AUGGCUGACGAAGAUCCCAUUGUUUUGAGUUUUGGCGAUAGUUUGCUACGAAAGUCAGACCUUGAUUUACUUUCUGCGCCCAACUGGAUCAAUGACAGAAUUAUUGGCUUCUGUUUUGAAUAUUUUGAAAGAGAACAGUUUAAUCAUUCCGCAGACAGAAUAUCUCUCAUUAGUCCAUCAGUGGCUCAGUUUGUGAGAUUUGCCCCAGUGGAAGACCUUAUUAUGGUUCUGGAACCUCUCCAUCUGCCUAGUAAACAGUAUGUAUUUCUUCCUAUCAAUGAUAAUCCGGACACAGAUUGUGUUGGAGGAACCCAUUGGAGUCUGUUGGUGUAUGUACGCAGUAAACAAGAGUUUCAGCAUUUUGAUGCCUUCCGUGGGAGCAACCAGUCCAUUGCCAGAAAAGUCGUGGACAAGUUGCAGCCCUUUGUGCAAGCUCCAAGAAGCAAGCUCAGGUUUAUAGAGAUGGAAUGUCCUCAACAGGAAAACAGUUAUGACUGUGGCAUGUAUGUGAUUGUGAUGACCGAGCAUCUCAUCAAAGAGUUCUGUGAGUGUUUCAGUGUCGGCGUCAACGAGGCCGUCAAUCAGGAAACUGUUCGACAGAAGCGCAAACACAUCCACGACCUAAUCCUAGAACUUUCAUCAACAGAUGUCAACAGUGUUCAUCACCAUCUCUCCCCUGGACAUUAA